CCCCGCCCCCUUUCUUUCUCGGCUCCUCCUGCUUACUCUUCCCGCAGCCCUUCGCUCCUCUCUUCUAAUCUGUGGCAGUGGGCGGUUUUUCCUGUUCUGUGCUCCAUUUUAUCUUCUCUGUGUGCUCGCCAAACGGCGCGUGGGGCUUCGCUACUCGCUCCCUUUGGGUUGUUUUUCUCCCUUUCUAGCUCUUGGCCCGCCCCCCCUUCUUUUUUUUUCUCUCUUCCUCUUUCAUCCUCUGCCCCCCGCCAUGAAUGAGGAGUACGACGUGAUCGUGCUGGGCACCGGCCUCACGGAAUGCAUACUUUCUGGGAUCAUGUCAGUAAAUGGAAAGAAGGUCCUUCACAUGGAUAGAAACUCCUAUUAUGGAGGUGAAAGUGCAUCCAUUACACCACUGGAAGAUUUAUACAAGAGGUUUAAUAUACCAGGAUCACCACCAUCCUCAAUGGGAAGGGGAAGAGACUGGAAUGUGGACCUAAUCCCCAAAUUCCUUAUGGCAAAUGGUCAGUUGGUUAAGAUGCUGCUUUAUACAGAAGUCACCCGAUAUCUGGACUUCAAAGUAACCGAAGGAAGCUUUGUCUACAAGGGAGGGAAAAUCUACAAAGUUCCUUCCACUGAGGCAGAAGCCUUGGCAUCUAGCCUGAUGGGGCUGUUUGAGAAACGUCGGUUCAGGAAAUUCUUAGUAUAUGUUGCCAACUUUGAUGAAAAAGACUCCAGAACUUUUGAGGGUGUUGAUCCUAGGAAGACUACAAUGCGAGAUGUGUACAAGAAGUUUGAUUUGGGCCAAGAUGUCAUAGAUUUCACUGGCCACGCCCUUGCCCUUUACAGAACUGAUGACUAUUUAGAUCAGCCAUGUUAUGAAACCAUCAACAGGAUUAAACUUUAUAGCGACUCUUUGGCAAGAUAUGGCAAGAGCCCAUAUCUUUAUCCACUCUAUGGCCUUGGAGAGCUGCCCCAAGGAUUUGCAAGGCUAAGUGCCAUUUAUGGAGGUACCUAUAUGUUGAACAAGCCAAUUGAAGAAAUCAUUGUAAAAGAUGGACAAGUGAUUGGUGUAAAAUCUGAAGGAGAGAUUGCCCGUUGCAAGCAGCUCAUCUGUGACCCUAGUUAUGUAAAAGAUAGAGUAAAAAAAGUAGGCCAGGUGAUCAGAGUUAUCUGUAUCCUAAGCCAUCCAAUUAAGAACACCAAUGAUGCCAAUUCGUGUCAGAUCAUCAUUCCACAGAACCAGGUCAACCGGAAAUCAGAUAUCUACGUUUGCAUGAUUUCUUCUGCACACAACGUGGCUGCACAAGGAAAGUAUAUUGCCAUUGUUAGUACUACUGUGGAAACCAGAGAACCUGAGAAGGAAAUCAGACCAGCAUUAGAGCUUUUGGAGCCAAUUGAACAGAAAUUUGUUAGCAUCAGUGAUCUGUAUAUUCCAACUGAUUUGGGAACAGAAAGUCAGAUCUUCAUUUCCCGCACUUAUGAUGCUACAACUCACUUUGAGACAACUUGUGACGAUAUUAAAGACAUCUACAAGAGGAUGACGGGGUCUGAGUUUGACUUUGAAGAAAUGAAACGAAAGAAAAAUGACAUUUAUGGGGAAGACUAAUAGCAGUAAUAUGCUAAUAUCUAAUUAGCAGAAAUUUAAAUUUGAGCUAAUACAGAGUUAUAUCAAGAACCUAAUGAACAUUCUAUGAAAUCAAUAUUGUAUGGCCUGCUUUUGUAAUCACUUCUUUGAGAUUGAAGAAUACUAUGUCCCUAAAUGUUCCCCUCUCUCUCCCUUUUUAAUAUCAUGUAUUACCGUCUUUCUCCUGGGAUGACUGUCCACAAAUGACAGCUUGCUAACAUUAUGUUCAGUUUUCCUGAGUGUGCGUGUGUGCGUGUAUGUGUGUUUUUAAGGGAAAGCACAGUUUAAACAUACACUCACUGAGGCAGAUAAAUAGAACUUGAUACAGUAUUUGUAUCUUUUAAUACUAUAGCCUUUUCAAUUGUGUGCCUGUUGGGCUCGUGUUGAUUUUGUAAGUUCACGUGCUCUCUGUUCUCUUAAACAUUAAGAAAACUUUAAAUUGGACACUCCAGUGUUGGGCAGCAUCCCUCCAAGUCUCAUAAUCUUUGGUUUUUGUCUCAUGUCAAGUAUUAUGACAGUGCCCAAUUCCCAUAGUCAUUAGUUAUGGGCAUAGAUUUCUAACUCAGCUUUAUAGCUUUUGAAGCCAUUUAUAUAAUUUAGGAGAGGCCUGUGUACCUAAAAGCUCUUUUGGUGUUUUAAUCUAAUGAAACUGAUAAAAAAAAAAUAGUAGCAGGUGAGACUGAAAGUACCUUCUGUCCCCCCUGGCUUUUUGGAUGGACCAAACCACAAUGCAGUAUUAAUUUGACAGAGCCUCCAAGUCCGUGAUGGCUCUAAAUGAUUUCUGUACUGCAAAGUAAAGCGAAAUUCUGGAAACUGGUACCUGUUUAUUGGUCUAUUUGCUUCCCACUGUAACUAAAAGGUUGUCAUUUGACCUGCUGUUUACCAUAUUAGACUUUUGCAAAUAGCCUUCUCAUGAACAUACACACUAGAAAUGUUUAAAUUCGGAGGCAAUAGAACUAUUAAAUUGUACCAUCUAUAUAGUAUUCUUUCAUGUGACUCAGCAUAAUUUGAUCACAAAAUUCCUAAGCGGGCAUCAUUUGUCUUAAAUGAUAAACUAGGUUAGUUUACGGGGAAAGAGUCAACAGUCUUUUAUGUGGAAGUUAGUUGUUUUGGUUUGCUUCCAUGAGCUCUGUUGGAAUGAAUAGUUAAGGGAGGGAAGACUGACCUAUGAACCUCCAAAUUUCAUGCUAUUAGCUAAAUACCACCUUAGGUAGGGAAAGCCUGCUUAAAGAGGAUUGGUAUGGAAUGGGAAUGCAUAGUUACGAAUGCUGGAGGGGAGAAUUCGAUUGCCAAGUACUGUGAGAAAUCUGGGUAGUAAAGGCUCAUUUAUUUUAUUUGGGCAUAGUUGUGGUCAAAGGAAUGCAGACUCAAUGUGUUGAUGAUGGGUGGUAGGAAGAGCAUGACAUGGAAGCUGAUAUUGACUCUUCCCUUUUCCAGUAUUCUUCCUCCUACCUCAAGGACUAGAGCUAACUCUGUUAGUUUUUUCUGUCAAAGUCACCAACUUCGAAUUUUCUAUCGAGGGAUUAGUCUGCUCUUCACUCCCUGUAAGCCUAAAAGAUGUAAUACAGUGGUCCAAAGCCACUGUUUUAUAAUAAAUCAUUUGAGUCAUGUCACGUAACAGCUACCCCAAGUUAAAAAGUACCUAGUAAAUUCAUGCAACUACAGUUGUGGAACAUGAACAAAAAUUUCCUUCUUAGGGUUAAUGGCACUCAGGUGGCCAAAUAAUGGGCCAAAGAUCAAUGUUUCAGUGCUACAAGAUUUCCUUUUAAUUAUGGAGGCAAUGUGUUGGUUUCACAUGUUCUGUGUAACCAUGGGCAAGUCACCUCUCACAAUCCUUGGAAGUAAAACAACAUGAAACCUGGCAGUAGCCAGUAUGGAAUAGUGUGGCCAAAGAGUUAGUCUGGGUUUUAUUGGCCAGUGGGUAGCUAUAUCCUAACUAGAUACACCAGACCUGUGGCACAAAACACCCAAAUCUGGAUCCCUUGAAAAGCUAGUAUUCUAGUUUAGUGUCUUAAAUUACACAAAGUUUUUUAUGGGAAAUACGAAAAAAUACUUAUAAGGAGCAAUUAACACCAACAUUUAAAAGAAAUUCCUAGUGGGGACUGUUAUUUGUUUUUAAAUGUAUUAUUAGUUAUAAAAUCAUUCAGGGAAAAAUAUUUUAUUUGUUUUUAUUUUUUAAAAAUUAGGUAUAAAACCUAUCCUCCAAAUAGAUACCACAUAUCUUAUACAAAGUUUCUGUUUAGCUUCGAAGUGUUCAAAGACUACUAUAGAAAUUUUUGAAAUACCAUAAACAUAUGAUUAUUCCUCAGAAUAUUGAUGUUGUAGUGAGCUAUUUACAAAAACUGAACAGUUGCAAAUAGGUACCAUUUAGGAAAAAAAAAUUCACGUAGUGUAGCAGUUGACUAAUACAUUUAGGUUAAUUUUCUAGAAGAUGGGUAAAGUGUAUAAAAGAAAUUUCAGACCAUAACAUGUACUACUUAUGCCUUAUUUACAUAAACAACCAUAAAAAAUACACUCAUUAAAAUGGA